CUCUAUUUGCAUACCUUUAAACUCUAAACCUCACUUUCUUCUUAACGCUGGUCUUCACCAGUAGUAUUAGGUUCUCUAGAAGAGAUGAGUCAAGCAGGGGUUUUGAGUGGGCUUGGGCUAAAGAUGGGCUGUUUGGGAUAUUUAGGGGAUUUAGUGGACUUUAGAGGAGGAAUGUAUAGGGUUGGAGAUGGGUGUUGAAGAGGGUAUUGGGAGUCGGCUUUGUAUUAUGGGGGUGAUAGAGUUAUGAAAUGGGGAUCAUGUGAUUUGGCUAGUAUUGCAAUUCUCAGAGAAAUUUUCAGAUUGUCUUUGUGCUUUAUUAGUUGUAAACCAAACGCUGUUUUCUUUACUGGUAAAAUCUAAUGCAUAAUCAUUACAAGGAAGUUUUUCUUUAAGUUCAGUGCUGGUUCUGAUUUUCCUAAAUAUCGGGUGACUUUUGAUAGAAGCCAAAGUGAUUUUUCGAAUUUCUCUUAAUCAUUGCUUUACCAAGAGCGAGUUUUAAUUUUUACAGAAGCUUUAUGAAUCAAAUUCUCAAGGAGUUAAUGGGCUUGUCUUUUGAUACUAAUUAUUAAAGCAAGAAACUACUUAUUGUAGUCCACAAGAGAAAGCAUCAAUGGUUUGGUUUCCAUGCCAUUGGACAAGACCUGAGAUGACUUAAGACUAAGCUUUUUAAUCUUAUUUUUUCUAAUCCCUUUGACACUCUUUGCCUAAUUAUUUGCCAUUGUUUUUAAAUUUCUUUUUUUCAGUGUACUACUAGAUAAUUUAAAACACGAAAUCAAAUCAACUUUCCCAGAAACACUAAAAGGAUGGCCCCAAAAGGUAAAUACAGUUAAGUCCUU